UCCUCAAGACUCAAAUAAUAAAAACGAAAAAUUACAUAACGCCAAAAAAAAUUUAUAAUGGCAAAGAAAUGCGUUUUUCCCAAAAUUUAAGCCAAUCAAACAUCAAAGUAAUUCUCGGCCUUUUAUUGCCACCAAGCAUUCUUCUUCUCGACUUCAAAACACCUUUGUAUACCUCAAAUACCGAAAGGAGCAACCAUACAACAUUUAUUGGUUCAUUAGAGUCUGAAAGGCCUCUUUUGGGAAAUGAUUGUGUUGGCGAUGAUAAUUUGAAGGAAAUGGUAGAAGACGCUUCUUUUGAGAAGGUAAAAGGGGGAAUGCCAUUGGAGUCUCAAAUUGAUAAAAAAAUAAUACUCUAUUGUCACCCUUUUGCUUAA